CAGCAGACGCUCUCGUUCAUAAAUGAAAUGCGGGUGGAGGGAAGGUGACACCUAUUUUUGUUUUAUUUUUUGAAUAGGUUUUAUUUCUCUUUCUUUCUUUUUCGCUAUUACGCAAUACAUACAUGAGCGGUAACCCGUGUGGCCAGAAAAUACAAGAAAACUACAGGAAGUGGUCGAUGAUAAGAAGUGCCAGAGAGAUACUUAAGAGGUGUAGGACACCCCGGAACGGAGCAGCGCGUGCGCCGAUGAAGCACAAGCUCCUCCCACUACCAGGAAGACUAAACUGCGGCGUGGCUGAGAGCCCACGAGCGCUGACUGUAAACGAAAGUAGUCAUGUGGGCUGAACCACUGGGGAAACAGCUGGGCCGUCCCACGCGAUCACUUGCAGGGUGGUUGGUGAGCAAGUGGCUCACAGCUUACAAUCAGGUCCUGGAGGAGAGUGCUGUGCAGCUGUGUGCCAUCCAACCCGGGGACACUGUGCUGGAGCUGGGUCAUGGCCCCGGUCUGGGUCUGCAGUCUGCAGCCAAACUGCUCACGGGCCCCACAGGCCACCUUAUAGGGGUGGAUUACUCAGAGUACAUGCAUCAGAUGGCAAAGAAACAAAUGAUGGAACUUAUAGCGAGUAAAAAGGUGACGCUCCACCACUGUGACGUAGCAGCAAUGCCUCUCAGAGACAGCACUGUGGACAGAGUCUUUCACUGUAACUGCUACUACUUCUGGCCUGAUCUUAGAAAAGGAGCCGCAGAAAUACACCGGGUGAUGAAGCCAGGAGCCCUGAUGGUCACAACUCUGAGGCUUUCUCGUGUGGCUACGAUAGCAGCGAAGGGGGUGAUGCCAGGGGAAAACUGGCGCCCAGAGGCCUACAUGGCAGCUCUGAGAGACUCCGGCUUCACUGAUGUCAGAAUGGAGGACAAGCAGGACAGAAACAUUACUUUUCAGGCUAUCUUUGCCACUGCCUUCAAAUAAGAUACUUAUGCAAUUAUGAAGUUUAGUGUGAUUACAUCAGUCAUUAAUGGUCUUCCUUUUGAAGAUGGAUAAACUUGAACUUAUCAUAAUGAUAAACAUAUACAGAUGAGAAGUUUUAUAUCAUUUUCUGUCAUUCCCUACGUGCAAUGUUCUUACAUCAGUACCAGUAUACAGUAUGGUGAUUUUAAAACUUCAAAACAGCAUUACUGUGAAAAGUGGAAACAAAACAUAAUGAAGAACUCUAUGGAGGAACCCAACUGUAUGAAUGUGUAAUCAUGCAAUAAAUGGAAAACAGGAAUGAAAGAAUUAGAAAGAAUAAAACACACAAGAUGAUACCAAAGAGUUAUAGUGCUUCUGCUGUCGAAAUAAAACAAAACUCAUGGUGUCAGCUCCACCAAGAAAGUGAUAUAUUUGGUAGCGUUGGGGUGUGUGUCAUUUUGUCCUUAAACACGAUAGCUCAAAAGCUUUUGAAUGAAUUCUGAUCAAACUUUGCAAAGUGGGGACGUGUUAACAAUCCAUUAAUAAUUACUUCACAUCCAUCAACUUAAUAAUUGAUGGAUGUAAAGUCCACAAAAAGCAUCUUAAAAGAUUUUAAAAUGUCAUAUCAUAACUGACCUAUGUCCUUCAGGGUCAACAGAUGGAUCUGAAGGUCCAAGUGAUAAUGUGAUAUCAAGUUACUUAUUACAGUUAUGUUUCUUACUGUCAUAUAGACAUACAGGCAUUUAAUUAUACAUGGGGAUUAUAAAUAUCGCGUUACUUUGGACCUCUGUCUUCUUCUUCGAGGUUAAAUAAGGUCAAACUUUAAUAAAAAAAUAAAGUCUACUGCACUUUUGCACUGGUAACAUUUGGGAAAUGAUACUGUUAUAUGGGGUCAGUAUCACAUUAUAGUUUGCUUCCAAAUAUAAUUUCAUAUUUGACCUCUGAUCUCGCUUUUACAUUUCACCUGUGUCUUCUUUUCAUUCAAGUUUACCCAAAAUGCCUAUAUCUUUAAAGAAAGUGUUGUCAAGAAAAAGAUGAUGAACUGCUUUGUUAGUUAGAUAUACAGUAGUGUAAAUUGUAGUGCAAUAUUAGAUCACAUGCUCAGGUCUUUUAAACCCUUUUUUUUUUACAAGUCAGUACCUAUUAUCCAUUACCUACUCCUAGACAAUAUUUGUAUAACCAAAGUAUACAUUUGUCAUGCCACCCUUAUUUGAAACCUCUUAAAUUAUAUUUAAAUAGAACAAAGAAAACUAAAUUCAUAUAUUGAAAAUACACAAAUAUUACCUUAUAAGUAAAUACCGACUAGAGACCAGAGAGUCACCAGGAGAUGCUUCUUGUUCCUUUUUGUAAGGCUAUAAAUGAAAAGUGAUUUUAGUAUCCUCUAAGAAUCACAUUUCACACAUACACAUGAAUGGUUAGCUGCCCAGGGUUUCGAGCGGCAAGCAGAGAGGCUACUGGAUUGCAAGAUGAUGACUGUAACACUGUUAAAUUAAAAAUAAAAAUGAUGCUGUGUUA